AUGACAUCUUCAAAUGUUAUGGAAAGUGCGCUGAACGAUGACCAGUUCGGUGAAGAGAAUUUCGACGCAAUAUCCUAUGUACGGGAUCAGUUGAAGGAUAUGAAAAGUGGCGAUGAAACACGGCAGUUGCAAGCAUUGCGUGCAAGGUUAAAUGCAGUCAAUGCACAAUCAUCUGAAUCAAUGAAGAAAAGUGUCUUUUUGAACUACAAAAAGUUCAUUGAUACCGCUAAGGAAGUUUCACAUCUGGAACGGGAAAUAUAUGAACUUUCAUCACUGUUAUCAGACCAACGAAUGCUUAUUGAAACACUGAUGCAGAUGACAGGAGAAGAUCGUUCUUCUGUUGGAACUGCUAGUCUUCACACUUCGUUCAGCGUCAAUCCAAUGAAUGUAUUGAUGCAGAAAAUGGAUGGUGUUGCUGCCCUGUUAAAUAAUUUACCGAAUUCUGAUCGAGUAAUCAUGCAUGGUGAAGUAGUUCAGCUGGACAGCGAUAGCAUGAGACCACAACACAAUGUUAUGCUUAUUUUGUUAUCAGAUGUACUCCUUAUUGGGCAGCCAUCUUCAGGGAAGUAUCGUUUUCAAUUGGAAUCUUCACAUCCGUUGAAUAAUAUAGCAGCUGUUAAUAUCAAGGAUAGAGAAAAUGGCAAAACUGCGACCAGCAUGUUUAAGCUGUUAAUUUUCCCAGGACAAAGGGUUUUCCUUGCUGAAAAUGCAAGGAUUAAAAAAGAAUGGUUGGAUUGCAUCGAAAACGCCAAAAGAGAACUGAUUCAUGAGGGAUCAUUGGUACGUCAAGCAACAAUUCGUGGAAAACGUCGGCAAGAUUUGUCAGCUAAGGUGGAAGUAGCUAGCCAACUUAUGCCAGUUGCGGAAUCGGCUGCUACAAAAUCACCUGAUGAAAGUGCAUGGCUCAAUGAAUUACCGGCAGAAUUGGACGAUUGCAUCGCUCAUCGGGACAUGGAGCACGCGGUGGAGUUGUUAAUGGAGUGGAAAAGUUGUAACACACGAGAAGCGGCAAUUGAUGCGCAGUUGACACUUCGUGAAACUCAAAUUGUGCAAUUACUAAGCGAAGAGGUUCGUCGUCCAGGUGCUUUACAUGGUGGUCCUAGAGCCAUUAAGAAAGCAAUCAAUCUUCUGACGAUCCUUGGCCGAGCGUCACAAGCAGUUGAUCUUUACUUGAAAAAAAGAAGCGCAGUGCUGCGAGCAACUACACGAGAAUUGACAAUGAGCGAAGAACCAUUGUCGUAUGUACGGCAGUUAUCACAACAGUUUCUGGAUGUUAUAUCAGAUGUUGUUAAAGAAUUUUUGAUGCAGCCUGAACACUUUUCUCUUAUAUUGCAUUGGUGUUCUGGAGAAUUGAGCGUUAUGCUCUCUUUAAUACGAAGGCAUGUAAUCGAGGUGGCACCAACGCUAGCAGUGGUUGCUCAUACCUGGCGAAUAUUGAUGGCACACUGCGAUAGUUUAAUUGCACUCGGUAUUGAUUUGUCUUUUGAAGUUCAUCGUCUGCUUGCACCAUCACUUAAGAUUGCAAUUGAAACAAAUUUUACCAACAUAAUCGAGUCAAUUCGUCUUCGAAUUUCGGAAGAGCGUUGGAAAGCAUACAAUAUGGAAAGUGAAUUGAAUGUAAAUCGUUUUAUAGAGGAAAUGUCUGAUAUGGGACUCGCAGUUGAUUGGGCAUUGUCUAACACGCAGCGUUCUUCCAUUAAUAUUACCCAAAAUGCUUGUCAUUUUUCCCGAGUUGCCUAUGUGUUGGCUCGCGACCUCGCAAUGCUAAGAUCUUCACAUUUACGCUAUCUCACGGACUCAUUCAUGGUAAAACUUUGGAGUGAAUAUCUGAAUCAUUUGAAAAGUGCGCCGCAAUCAUCUUUGCAACAGUAUACAUCAAUAUUCGUCAUUUCUCAGUUAUUGCCUCUCUGUGAUGCGAUCUACGAUGAAUCAUCACCGCGAAUAUUAUCCGAACUUUUGGAAACAAAAUUCGGAUGUUUGUUACGGUAUCGAGGAAAUUUUGACGCUUCUUCUAGUGACGAAUAUGUAGCGCAUGUUUAG